AUGGAAGAUUUAGUGUUGAUCAGUAUCCUGCUGUUGAGAUCGACCAAUGGGGAGGCUCCUCCUGCAGAGACGCUGGCGAUCGUUCCCGAACUGGAUACAACCAACACAGCAGGAGUGUACAGCGCCAGCUCAGCCUACUCCAACUAUCAACCAACGGCGGGCUACACAACCCCUGCAGUCAACCCAUAUCCUUCCACGCGACCAUACAGUGUGAGCUCCACCUACCUGCCUGUAAUCCCGGUCUCGACUUCCUACUACACGCUGGCUCGACCUCCGCCAGUCUACGGAGUGCCGUACACGGCCAGACCCUGGCCGGCCCCGUCUGCGGCCUGGGCCGUCAAUGCGGCGCAGCCGUGGCCUUCUGCGGCUCCCUGGUCGCCUGCGGCUCAGCCGUGGCCGUCUGCGACUCCUUGGUCUGCAGCUGCGGCGCCCUGGGCAUACGGGGCGCCCGGGUAUAACUAUGAUAACCCGAAUCUUGUGGGCAUCAAACCGCCGUUGUGAGUUGUCUAAGAACGUGUAAUGAGAGGCUACUGCUUUUGCAUUAAGUUAAAUUUUCGCUUGAAAAAUUAAUGAAUAAGGUCAUAUAAACUGAAGUUCACAUUCGUCAAAAUAAGUAAAUAAACCACGAAAUAUUUUAUAUGUUCGAUAUCAUGAUAGAAGUAAUUUUAUUCAGCAAAAUCAUCAUUGAAAUACAAUUUUAUUGUAUUGUAAAUUUUUCAAAGAAUCGUUCUUUGCUUAUAAUCCACUAAGAAUUCGAGUAAUUUCCAUCCAUUUGCCAGGCUACUUGAUACUCUUAUAGGAUCACACACAAGUACCAUUUUCCAAGUGAUUCUAUCUAUUCAAGGAGCUUAAAAUAUUUCUUCUUGUCAAAGUUACCAAGAUUUUAAGAGCAUCUCUAGUUUAGACUCAUAUUACUUAUAUUAUUUAUUGUAUCUAAUUUUGUUAUAUUUAUUCACUUUUUUAAUAAAUUGGGGUUCGAAUUAUCUUA